AUCCAACCAUGGAUUCAGUUAAAAAAACAUUGAUAAGGAUCGAGCUUUGCGUAAAAUAGGGCUGGAAAUUGCGAAAUCCAAAUCGGGCUUGCAAAGGAAAAUCAUGGUGGCUGAUGAUUAUUGGAGUUAGGCCUAGUUCAAAUCAUGGCCAAUCUAACCGCAAUAGGCCCACGGUCGAUACGAUGUGCUGAUAAAAUUUUCUGGUUUGGGAAGAAAGUUGGGGAGAGGGGGAGACACGCUGGUAAUGGCCAUGGAGUCGGUUUCCGUAACUCACACAAUCUCUGCAACGAAUCAAAAGAAUCCCUUUAGAAUUACACCAAUAAUUCAUUCAAGAAGAUUGUUUCACUUGCAAGCUGCUGCUCGUUUUCGCUUUGGGUUCAUCUCUUCUUACAAGAAAUCUGAUUUUCAAGAUUUUCAGGGUUUUGCAAAACCUUCACGGCUUUUUCCGUCCACGGAACCGAAAAUCUGUACCGAAGCCUUGAAAGAAACUAUCUUUCCAUCAACCGGCUUGGAUGGAGCUCGGACUUUGUACAAAGUUAGGCUGCAAACAAGUAACAUGUACGGCUCGAGUUUGAGUAAUAUAAAUGCCGGAAUACUCUUGUGUUUGAUUGAUGAGAAAGGAGACUCAAUAUUAAAGAGAAUACCGGCAUAUUUGUUAAGUGAACAUUCUAUGGAAUUGGAGAACACGGUGGUGCCUGAAACUCUCCAUUUCCAAAGAGGUUCCAUCGAUGAAUUUGUCUUCGAGGGGUCGGAAUUGGGGAAAGUUCAAGCUCUUUGGAUCGGUAUUGAAUCAGGUCAAUGGAGAUUAGGAGGUGUCAGCCUGGUCAUCCUUAAUCCAUCUCGAUCUUCCUCGGGGGGAAACUUUGAACAUAUUGGUGCUAAAUACGACUUUGAAGUUGACGAUAUCUUGCUCGGAGAGGGUGGUGAUGAGUCCAUGGUAGAACUAAGACCUUGUCUCGUUUCCAAGUUAUCAGAAAACGAGGACUUUUCUCAACCAACUUCACCCUUGAGUGACAAGGUAUCUAAAGAACAAAGUAUGAAGGAAUAUGCAGAUUUGAAGUUCUCUUUGUUACUUUAUGAUGCCGUUCUUAUACUUUCCGGUGCAUCGUUUGCAUCUUUCUCGAUCGGGGAAAGUUCUGCUUUUGCAUUCUUACUUGGUGGGAUCAUCGGUUUUCUUUAUUUGUUGCUAUUACAACGGUCUGUUGAUGGUUUACCAGCUUCGGAAUUAAUAUCCAGCAACCCAAAAGAUGAAACGGUUCGGUUUAAGGGUCCGGUAUCAAGUCUUGCACUAGCUAUAGCAGUUUCUUCAUUAGUAAUCAAAUACAGCAUGGGGGAAGGUCCAUUUGUGUUGACUCCAAAAGAACUUUUGGUCGGAAUGAUGGGAUUUCUUGCAUGUAAACUGGCUGUCAUUUUGGCUGCAUUUAAGCCCUUGCGUGUGGGUAUUGAAAAGAGUAAAUGAGUCCCGAUUAAAAUUCCAUAGAAGUCAAAUUAAUCAUUGUACGCAAAAUCAAAAAACAUUUAAAAAUGAAUGAAAAUUUUAAUAAUUUUUUUUUUUAGUAAAGAAGAUAAAAUGCAAUUGCUUGGAUUAGUGUCCGAUAUUAAGAACUGUUCAAUAGUCGAAAAAAAAGCAUUAAUUAUAGGGCAAAUGUUCUCAGCAUCUUUCUUCUACAGAUCUUCCCAAGCCUCAAAAAAACAAAAAUUAAAAAUCAAUGGAAAAUAAAUAAAUUGUCUCAUUGUUUACUGGAAAUGGUACAUAUGCUUGUGUUACCAGCUCUUGCGGUGAUCCUUUCUUCUGCCAUGGAUUCUCAUCAGUGUGAUCAGCCUUAUACAAUGGCUUUGCUGCCACCCAACCGCCCGGAAAAGCCCAUUGACA